AUGAACCUCUUUAUAGAGAAAGUUCCCCGGGAGCACACCACCUCUCCCUCCUUCACAACAUUUCACCCCCUCACCCCCCUUCCUUCACAACCCGUCACCCCUCACCCUCCCUCCUUCACAACCCGUCACCCCCUCACCCCUCCCUCCUUCACAACCCGUCACCCCUUUCCCCCUCCCUCCUUCACAACCCGUCACCCCCUUCCCCUCCCUCCUUCACAACCCGUCAACCCCUUCCCCUCCCUCCUUCACAACCCGUCACCCCCUCCCCCUCCCUCCUUCACCAACCCGACACCCUCCCCUCCCCUCCCUCCUUCACAACCCGUCACCCCCUUCCCCCUCCCUCCUUCACAACCCGUCACCCCCUCCCCCUCCCUCCUUCACAACCCGUCACCCCCUUCCCCUCCCUCCUUCACAACCCGUCACCCCCUUCCCCUCCCUCCUUCACAACCCGUCACCCCUCACCCUCCCUCCUUCACAACCCGUCACCCCCUUCCCCUCCCUCCUUCACAACCCGUCCCCCCCUUCCCCUCCCUCCUUCACAACCCGUCAACCCCUGCCCCUCCCUCCUUCACAACCCGUCACCCCUCACCCUCCCUCCUUCACCAACCCGACACCCUCCCCUCCCUCCUUCACAACCCGUCACCCCCUCACCCCUCCCUCCUUCACAACCCGUCACCCCCUUCCCCUCCCUCCUUCACAACCCGUCAACCCCUUCCCCUCCCUCCUUCACAACCCGUCACCCCUCACCCUCCCUCCUUCACCAACCCGACACCCUCCCCUCCCUCCUUCACAACCCGACACCCUCCCCUCCCCUCCCUCCUUCACAACCCGUCACCCCCUUCCCCCUCCCUCCUUCACAACCCGUCACCCCCUCCCCCUCCCUCCUUCACAACCAGUCACCCCUCCCCUACCUCCUUCACAACCCGUCACCCCCUCCCCCUCCCUCCUUCACCAACCCGACACCCUCCCCUCCCUCCUUCACAACACUUCACCCCUUCCCCUCCCUCCUUCACCAACCCGACACCCUCCCCUCCCUCCUUCACAACAGGUCACCCCCUUCCCCCUCCCUCCUUCACAACCCGUCACCCCCUCCCCCUCCCUCCUUCACAACACUUCACCCCUCCCCUCCCUCCUUCACAACCAGUCAACCCUCCCCUCCCCUCCCUCCUUCACAACACUUCACCCCUCCCCCUCCCUCCUUCACAACCAGUCACCCCCUCACCCCUCCCUCCUUCCCCUCCCUCCUUCACAACACUUCACCCCUCCCCUCCCUCCUUCACAACACUUCACCCCUCCCCUCCCUCCUUCACAACCAGUCACCCCCUCACCCCUCCCUCCUUCCCCUCCCUCCUUCACAACACUUCACCCCUCCCCUACCUCCUUCACAACCAGUCACGCCCUCUCCUCCCCUCCUUCACAACCAGUCACCCCUCCCCUACCUCCUUCACAACCCGUCACCCCCUCACCCCUCCCUCCUUCCCCUCCCUCCUUCACAACACUUCACCCCUCCCCUCCCUCCUUCACAACCCGUCACCCCCUCACCCCUCCCUCCUUCCCCUCCCUCCUUCACAACACUUCACCCCUCCCCUCCCUCCUUCACAACACUUCACCCCUCCCCUCCCUCCUUCACAACCAGUCAACCCUCCCCUCCCCUCCCUCCUUCACAACACUUCACCCCUCCCCCUCCCUCCUUCACAACCAGUCACCCCCUCACCCCUCCCUCCUUCCCCUCCCUCCUUCACAACACUUCACCCCUCCCCUCCCUCCUUCACAACACUUCACCCCUCCCCUCCCUCCUUCACAACCAGUCACCCCCUCACCCCUCCCUCCUUCCCCUCCCUCCUUCACAACACUUCACCCCUCCCCUCCCUCCUUCACAACCCGUCACCCCCUCACCCCUCCCUCCUUCCCCUCCCUCCUUCACAACACUUCACCCCUCCCCUCCCUCCUUCACAACCCGUCACCCCCUCACCCCUCCCUCCUUCCCCUCCCUCCUUCACAACACUUCACCCCUCCCCUCCCUCCUUCAGAAACUGUCACCCCUCCCCUACCUCCUUCACAACACUUCACCCCUCCCCCUCCCUCCUUCACAACCAGUCACCCCCUCACCCCUCCCUCCUUCCCCUCCCUCCUUCACAACACUUCACCCCUCCCCUCCCUCCUUCACAACACUUCACCCCUCCCCUCCCUCCUUCAGAAACUGUCACCCCUCCCCUCCCUCCUUCACAACACUUCACCCCUCCCCUCCCUCCUUCACAACACUUCACCCCUCCCCUCCCUCCUUCACAACCAGUCACCCCCUCACCCCUCCCUCCUUCCCCUCCCUCCUUCACAACACUUCACCCCUCCCCUCCCUCCUUCACAACCAGUCACGCCCUCUCCUCCCCUCCUUCACAACCAGUCACCCCUCCCCUACCUCCUUCACAACCCGUCACCCCCUCACCCCUCCCUCCUUCCCCUCCCUCCUUCACAACACUUCACCCCUCCCCUCCCUCCUUCACAACCAGUCACGCCCUCUCCUCCCCUCCUUCACAACCAGUCACCCCUCCCCUACCUCCUUCACAACCCGUCACCCCCUCACCCCUCCCUCCUUCCCCUCCCUCCUUCACAACACUUCACCCCUCCCCUCCCUCCUUCAGAAACUGUCACCCCUCCCCUACCUCCUUCACAACACUUCACCCCUCCCCCUCCCUCCUUCACAACCAGUCACCCCCUCACCCCUCCCUCCUUCCCCUCCCUCCUUCACAACACUUCACCCUUCCCCCUCCCUCCUUCACAACACUUCACCCCUCCCCUCCCUCCUUCACAACCAGUCAACCCUCCCCUCCCCUCCCUCCUUCACAACACUUCACCCCUCCCCUCCCUCCUUCACAACCAGUCAACCCUCCCCUCCCCUCCCUCCUUCACAACACUUCACCCCUCCCCCUCCCUCCUUCACAACCAGUCACGCCCUCUCCUCCCCUCCUUCACAACCAGUCACCCCCUCCCCCCUCCCUCCUUCCCCUCCCUCCUUCACAACACUUCACCCCUCCCCUCCCUCCUUCAGAAACUGUCACCCCUCCCCUACCUCCUUCAGAAACUGUCACCCCUCCCCUACCUCCUUCACAACACUUCACCCCUCCCCUCCCUCCUUCAGAAACUGUCACCCCUCCCCUACCUCCUUCACAACACUUCACCCCUCCCCCUCCCUCCUUCACAACCAGUCACCCCCUCACCCCUCCCUCCUUCCCCUCCCUCCUUCACAACACUUCACCCCUCCCCUCCCUCCUUCACAACACUUCACCCCUCCCCUCCCUCCUUCACAACCAGUCAACCCUCCCCUCCCCUCCCUCCUUCACAACACUUCACCCCUCCCCCUCCCUCCUUCACAACCCGUCAACCCUCCCCUCCCCUCCCUCCUUCACAACACUUCACCCCUCCCCCUCCCUCCUUCACAACCAGUCAACCCUCCCCUCCCCUCCCUCCUUCACAACACUUCACCCCUCCCCCUCCCUCCUUCACAACCCGUCACGCCCUCACCUCCCACCCUUCACUAACCCAUCCGCCCCUCCCUCCUUCACAACCAGUCAUCCCUCUCCCUCCCUCCUUCACUAA